AUGCCUGGCCAGCAGCCCAUUAUCAGUGCAAAGUCAUCACUGACACUGGCUGCAAAACCUUCAGCAAUAUCAGCUGAGGUGCUUUUCAGAAAGUGUGCAGGAAAUGUCCAGCCAGGUGCUGCCAGUGUGUUGCUGUCUUGUGUGGGUCUGUGUAGUUUUGUCCUCCACUCCUGGGUUUGUGUAUUGCUUUAUUUCACACAUGUGGAAUACUGGCCUCCCUCUCAGUACAUCCUCUGGGAUAAACUCUGUGUCAUGGCUUCUCUACUGCUUGUUUUCAAUUUGCUGGUAAAUCUGGGAGAAAUAUUCACAUACUCCAGUUUAAUUUCACUGGGAAUUCUCUUGACCAUCCCAGCGAGUGCAGUUGUAGAUGCAUUUGUGACUGAAACUCUGCAAAUGAGCCAUGAGCGAGCGGCUGCAGCCGGAAUCAUCUCAGCAGGGUAUCUCAUGCUGCAGCUUCCAGAAAACUGGGACGACAGCACUUUGCACUGGCUCAGCACACUGUGGCAUGGAAACUGGCGAGAGGACAAUAUAGCUGAGGAGACUGUAAUGGACACUGCUAGGAUUACAAGAGCAAAACCCAAACCAGCUGUAAUGACACUCAACUGAGCAGACUAGAUUUUGAUUUAAGUGUUGGUGUGAUAACAUCAUAAAAUCUUUUGU